AUGCCCUUGUCCAAGCUGCAGGGAGUCAAGCUCCCGGCCUCGGCCGAUUUCCAUGUUCACCUGCGCGACGGGCCGAUGAUGGAGCUGGUGACGCCCACCAUCCGCCAGGGUGGAGUGAACACCGUCUUUGUUAUGCCUAACCUUGUCCCGCCCAUCACGACCGUCGACCGCGCCCUGGACUACAAGAAGCAACUGCAAGCCCUCGAGCCUAACGUCAACUAUCUUAUGUCAUUGUACCUGCACGAGGAUAUCACUCCGGAGACUAUCGUUGAUGCCAAGAAGCGGGGGAUCACCGGUGUCAAGAGCUAUCCAGCUGGUGUGACCACCAACUCCAGCUCCGGUGUCGUUGACUACACCUCCUUCUACCCCGUUUUCGCCGAGAUGGAGCGCCAGGACAUGAUCCUGAACCUGCAUGGCGAGGCCCCCUCCAAGGGCGACGUGACGGUGCUUUCUGCCGAGGAACGCUUUCUUCCCAAGCUGUUCGAGUUGCACGAGAAGUUCCCUAAGCUCCGGAUUAUCCUGGAGCACUGCACCACUGCUGCCGCCGUCGAGGCCGUCAAGAAGUGCGGUCCCACUGUCGCCGGUACCAUUACUGCCCACCACCUGUCCAUUAUAAUCGACUCGUGGGCGGGUGACCCAUUCUGCUUCUGCAAGCCUGUCGCAAAGACCCCCGCCGAUCGGGACGCCCUUAUCCGCGCAGCUGCCUCGGGCAACAGCAAGUUCUUCUUCGGCUCCGAUAGCGCCCCGCACCCUGCUGCAUCCAAGCGCGGCGGUGAAAAGAUUGCCGCGGGUGUCUUCACUCAGCCGUACACCACCCAGGUCGUGCUUGACUCCUUUGAGCAGGCUGUCGCAAACGGCGUCCUCAAUGAUGAGGAUAUCACGCCGGAGAUUGUUGAGGGAUUCAUGAGCAAGUUUGGACGCAACUUCUAUGGCAUCGGUGAGGAGACCAAGGAAUUCAUCACCCUUGAGAAGCAGGGGGAGAAGAUCCAGGAGAUCCUGAAGUCGGAUAAGAUCGACGUUGUCCCCUUCCGCAAGACCCAGGACACCUGGACCGUGUCUUGGUCGUAA